CAAAGCCCCCCGACGUAUUAAUAUAUCGCUGGGGGAACGCGUUUCCGCCAAACAAUCAACCAAUCAGAGCUCGAGUCCCGAAGUUUUACACCUGAGUUGAUUAACGAUGCAACAGGUGGAGGGAAUUAGACUCUGAUGGCUCGGUUCACGGUUGACUUUGGGUCACUGCUCUAAGAAUAAGACUAGGCAACAGUGGCGCUUAUAAUUAAUUAAAAUGUGAGUCAAUUAUCGAAUUAUUAUAAUACAGCUCAUAUAUGUUUAUUUUGCGGUAAAGGUAAAUCACGCAGAUUCGUUCCUACCAGCAUCCAUAGGGAAUAAACACAACAGGGACAUAAAAAUAACAAAAAAUGGGUUUUGAUGCCACCGUGUGGACAUUAUUAAAAUGACUCAAAGCCACACCUAAAUGACUAAGAAAUAAACUACUGAGCUAAAUAAGUUCCACUUGUCGAGAACAUUGGGGUCUGAGCCUUGAAUGGAUACAGUGAUAAAAAAUAAGAGUUCUACGAAUAGGAGUUUAUUCUAAUAGUGUUUUAUGUGGGUCGUAUGUCAUAUAACCAGCCAGCAGCCAAGUGUCAUGUAAUGCUAGACUGUGUUUCUACUACAUUGUGGGCAGAUAUUUCCAUCUCCUUGGUUACUAACAACACCAGCAGGUCAGGAGCAUUCAGGGGUAUUUAAAAAGCUACUGCUGAGGCGCCUUUCACAAGAAGUAAGUGCUUUUAUUUUGACGUGAAAUAAAAGCCACCAAUGUCAGAAGAAUAUGAUAAUGGACACGCUUACCUAUGCCACUGCUGCGACACUGGAGCAUGAGCCACUGGAUGACAGUAUAGACCAUGGCUGCCUGCAGGCUGUGAGGGACCCGCCCACCUGUGGCAUCAGAGCUGCAGGGGUUCUGAGGUACAAUCGUGAGUCUGAAAACCACAGACUUAACACAGCAGCCGUUCCUCCGGAGGCAGGUAUCUACCUACGCUUGGAAAGUCCCAUCUAUAAGAACAUGGUUUGUUACCGACUUAUUCCUUUCAACACUGCACAGUCCAGGCUUUUGAUGGUAAGCCCAGUGAAAUGUGAGUAUUGCGGGGAAGAAGCCAGACCCUGUCUGGACCCAGCAUGUCUCCUGGAGCCUGAGCAGAGGGCAGGUCAGCUGUUCUGCUGUGCUCAGCGACAGCAGUUGUGUGAGCUGCUGGUUGAGCAGAGAUGCACGUUGGAGGGGAGACAGUACCUGAAGGCCGUGGCUCCGUCAUCGCUGGACAACAAGCCGGCCACAGAGACGGAGGUCCUGCUCAUUCGGGACAGAGGGAUGGAGGAGUACAACAAGUUCAUCUUGGACCCAAGUGAAUUCAGAACACUUCCAGACCCAAUCAUCCCUGAUGAGCAGCUACAGCUUCCUGAAGAAGAAACCUCUCCCCCGUUGUCAAGUAUCCUCAGGUUCCAGCUCUCUUGUGCUGCACAAGGCGGAAACUGGACAGUUUGUCCUAGUGGCCCCACAGAGAAGUGCUCGCCGGGCGAAGAUGAAGAGACACACAUGGUCCCUUUCAGUGACACCUCGGCACAACGGCACUUUGGACUAUGUCAUCACCAGAAUGGGACGGGAUUUCUACAGAAGUUUUAUUCCAGUGGACUAAAAUUUCUCACUGUGUUCCCUGAUGGCUCUGCUCAGGUUUUUUAUCCCUCAGGCCGCUUGGCUGUCAUCGUGGUCGCUGAGAAGAAUGGAAGACUUUGCAUUGUGUGCGAUGACAGCGAUGCCGCCAAUCAACCAGUCAGUGCUGUGUUCCAGUCUGAUGGCAGAGCAACAUGUUAUCACAGCGAUGGAAAGAUAUGGUUGUCCUUGAACACAUCAGGGGGUCAGUGUUUGGAUGACCUGGGUACAAGGGUGCGUCAAUGGCGGUGGAGCGGCCUGGACUUUACCCCCACCCCCCUCCACCCCAUCUUCCUCUCCCUCAACAAAGCAGUCGGAGUCCGAGUCCUGGGAAAGGAGCAAGUGUUCGUCUCCUUCCUGGCAGGAGGCCAACAGGCAAAGUUCAGCGUGGGCUCCUCCAGCACUCAGGAUAUACUUAAAACAGAGGCGCCUGCUCCAGGAGCAUCAGUAUUAGAAGAGGAGCUAUUCCUGUUGGCGGCCAGAAUAAGGAUCAACCAGGCCAUUCAACAUCUUCACCACUACCUAAAGACCCAUCCCAGGCUGCCCAAAGCCACACAGGCUGCCCCACAAGUUAAAAGCUGAGCAAGCAAAAGAUUCUGAUUUUACAUAUUCCAACCACCCCAUCAAUAAACACCACACACACAGCCUCACAGUUAAAUAGUUACAUUUUAUUAAUCUUUUUAGAUUCCUCCAAGUUACGUAAAUAUAAAAAAUUAUUCAGACAUCUGAAAGAAACAAUUGUCCAAUGUUAUUUCCACAACAGUGAUGGCAGAUGUAGGUGUUGCUUUUCUACACAGCUAAACUACUUUUAGAACCAUAAACUUAAAAAUCUACGUAUGGCUCAGUAAAAAGGACUUUUAUACGCACAGAUUAAUUAUAUGCAACUA